CACCAUUCGACUUCGAGUCAUUUCAGCAAGUUUUCUGACAGCAGGCACAUACCGUAUCUCUUUUGCUGAUCUCUUCAGCAGGCAAAGCACCUGUCUGUCCGUUCGUUUAAUUUGUUUGUCUUCACAAACAAGUCUACCAUUACAACCAUGACACGUGAGUGCAUGCCGACACUCCCUAAUGACAAGACGGUCCUCGUGACCAACGGCUUUGAGCCACUUCGCCUACACAUCAUCAAGCGGCUGCUCGAGGAGGGGUGCCGGGUCCGGACGACGGUGUCGAUGGCCAACCGCGCCGAAUGGCUCGACGAGGUGUUUAAAUGCUUCGUCGAAUCUGAACAGUUUGAGCGCAUGGUUCUCCCGGCCGAACCCCCCCUCCGCAAGCGGUACUGGAGACAGGCGGUCAAGGGUGUGGAUGCCAUCAUCCAUACCCCGACCAUUCCCAACCUCGACCGCAAGCCCGUUGACGACGCGUGGCAGGAAUCGGCCGACAGCGUAACGAGCAUCCUGGACGCGGCGGAGCUUGAACCCCAAAUCAAGGCGUUCGUCAUGACUGGCAACCUGGGGGCGGUGACGCCGCUCGUGGUGGAGACGGAUACGCGCGUCGACGCUUGGGAUUUCAACACGCGAGAGGUGAUCGGCGCGUACGAGGAAUCUGGCAAGCCCGUACCCAACUACCAGAUGCUGUUCAACUCGUGCCACGUCCGGGCCGAGGAGGCACUGUGGAGUUGGAUGGAUGAGGCGAAGCCACACUUCAAGGCGAACGUGGUGGUCCCGUCCAACAUCAUCGGAUACAACUUCGCAACCAAGUACACGACGGCCUGGAAACACAAUUGGCUCUGGAGGCUGUGGAAGUUCGGCAAGAGUGCGCCAGCCGUCCGAGGCGGCGGUCCCUGCCAAGCGCAUUGGUACAUCGACGUUGAGGAUGCGGCGUUGAUGCACAUCGCGUGUGUCUUUGAUGACACGAUACAGCACGGGGAGCGCAUCCAGGCAUGGGGCUGCUUCCGGGAGUGGAACAGUGCCAUCGAGAUUCUGCAGGAGCGCGAAAUCGAGAAAGCCAGGAAGGAGUUGGGGGAGCAGUUUGACAAGAAGGCCAGAGAAGCAGCGGAAAAACGCUACCCUUUUGUCGGCGAGGACGGCGUGAGGCGCGGCAUGAUCUACACCAACCUCAGAAGGAUAUCGGAGAUCUGUACGAGGUGGAAGGACUACCCCGGGUGGAAGCAAUUCGAGGAGACGGUCAAGGAGUGCCUGGAUCUCUUCGAGAACGGAGGAGACGAGAAGCCCGAACCGCCGGCUCCUCCACGGCGACCCAACCCCUUCGUCCUACCCCCGGGAACUAACAUCGACGAGUACCACAACAGAUGGCUCUACCGUGAUGAGCCUUCCCCUCCACCCCUCGAAACUGUGCGAACUUGGUGAUGGUGGCUAAACGGGAUCGCAAGGUCCCUGGCAUUGAGCGUUCCCAUGCAGAGAAAUGAUGCAAUGGGUGCUCAAUGUGAUUUCGCCGGGUGUGGGGGUUUAUAUCAUGCUUUUUUUGUCCUCUUUUCCUUUUCCCGGCCUUGAAAAUUCAGCCGGUUUGACAAGUGACGACUCGGGCAGCCGUCGUCAUCUAACGUCGUGUCAGUGAACUUCAAACUAAUACUUUGCGCCUAGCAUUCGAUGGAAGAAAUAAUAAUUAAUGCGCAGUUCGGAAGCG